UCUGUCUUUGUGGUAGCAACAGUGGGGAGCAUGGUUCAGCAGCUCUUUGUCCGUGCCCAGGAGCUACACACCCUUGAGGUGACUGGCCAGGAGGCAGCUGCCCAAAUCAAGGCACAUGUAGCCUCACUGAAGGGCACUGCCUGGGAAGAUCAACCUGUGCUCCUGGCAGGCACACCCCUAGAGGAUGAGACCACCCUGGGCAAGUACGGUGUGGAGGCCCUGAUCACCCUGGAAGUAGCCGACCACAUGCUUAGAGGGAAAGUCCAUGUUUCUCUGGCCCAUUCUGGGAAAGUGAGAGGUCAGACUCUCAAGGUGGAGAAGAAGAAAAAGAAGAAGAAGAUGACAGGCAGGGUUAAGUGGUGGAUUCAGUACAACCAGCGCUUUGUCAAUAUUGUGCCCACCUUUGGCAAGAAGAAGGUCCCCAAUCCAACUCUUAAGUCCUUUGUAAUUCUGGAUUUCUCUAAUAAAAAAGCCACUUAGCUCAAAAAAAUAAAUAAAAUAAAUUUAAAAAUAAAAAUAGACGGUCACUAGUCACCAUAAACAAUGCUUAUAAUCCUGAAUUGAAAUAAUAUGUCUAAGAGGAAAGGAAAGAAAGGAGAAAGUUUAGUAAAUCAUUCAACUACCUUUUCUUAUUCAUAGAAUAUUCUCAACCAAUUAAUAAGCAAUUACAUUCA